AUGAAGAUCUUCACCCUUUUCGGUGUCGCCUCCACGGCCCUUGCAGCAACAACACAACAGUUAGCUGCAUGUCGCUACAUCCCCGGAGAUCGUGGUUGGCCCGCAGUGUCCGUCUGGGAUAGGUUGAAUACGACGGUGGGAGGCCGGCUUCUGGUCACCAAUCCUCUCGCUCACUCAUGCCAUGAUCCCACCUAUGACAAUGUCACCUGCGCUACCCUGAAGCAUCAAUGGGGGCAGCCAGCCCUGCAAAUCCCGUAUGCGGCUGAGUUUCUAUCACCGUGGUUCCAGAACCAGUCCUGCGUUCCAUUUACGGACCAAUCUACUCCUUGCAAGCUAGGCAAUUAUGCCAGCUACUCCAUCAAUGUAACGGGAUCUUCCGAUAUCGUUGCCGGAUCGAGCUUUGCGCAGCAGAAUAAUGUGCGGCUUACAAUCAAAAAUACAGGCCAUGAUGAAAAUGGCAAAGGUACCGGCAAGGGAGCGCUCUCGCUCUGGACACACAACCUAAAGGACAAGAAUUUCAUCUCAGCAUACCGUAGCAGUUACUAUAACGGGCCGGCAGUGCAACUAGGCGCCGGGGUGCAGGGGGAAGAGGCAGCAACUUUCGCGCACCAGUAUGGCUUCCGGGUGGUGGUGGGCUCGUGUCCGACGGUGGGGGUAGUAGGAGGCUACACGCAGGGGGGAGGCCACUCGUCUAUGUCCGGACAAUACGGACUCAGUGCUGAUAACGUGCUAGAGUGGGAAGUCGUCACGGCGACGGGGGAGCAUCUGGUUGCGACGCCGCAGCAGCAUGCAGACCUGUACUGGGCGCUCAGCGGCGGCGGACCAGGCACGUAUGGGGUCGUCGUCUCGAUGACCACGCGCGUGUUCCCCGAUCAGCCUGUCGGCGCAGCCUCGUUCUCAUUUUCCGUGGCCACCACCGGCAACGGCAGCGAGGAUGCCUACUGGCAAGCAGUCACUACCUUCCAUGCGCAGAUGCCUCUCCUCUUAGACCAGGGAGUGUACACAACCUACUCGGUGAUGAACAACAGCUUCAGCAUCUAUGCAAUUGUUGCGCCGAGCCACAACGAUACGGAGCUAACGACACUCCUAGCGCCCAUGCUAACAGCGCUGGCCCAGCACGAUGGCCUCGCGCCACAAACCCUCGCCCUCCAGACCUCCGGCGCCUCAAAUAUCUACGACCUUCUCGCCGCCGACCUGUGGCCAGCCCUCUCGGGCGCUUCCCUCGUCCCUGUCAUGGGUGGCCGCCUGGUCACCCGUGCCAAUCUAGAUACCAACCUUGCUGGCGUCAUUCAGGCUAUGCGCAAUAUCACGCAGGGCGGCACCUUCUACUUCGCCUGCACCGGCAUCAACACGACUGCCGGCCAAGUCGUGCCCCCAGUUGCCGAUAAUGCUGUCCUCCCUGCUUGGCGCGAUACCUCCUUUAGCUGCAUCGUCGGCGUGGCGUGGUCCUGGGGUGACUCGUGGGACCCAAUCCCUGCCUGGCAGCGCGAGCUACUCGAUCGAGUGCUCCCCACAUUCGAGGCGGUUACCCCGGACUCCGGCGCGUAUCUCAACGAAGCUAACUACCAGCAGCAGAACUGGCAGCAGCAGUUCUAUGGCAAGAAUUACCCGCGGUUGCGUGCGAUCAAGAAGCGGUAUGAUCCCAAUGAUUUGCUGUAUGCGGUGUCGGCGGUCGGGAGUGAGGCGUGGAAGGCGGAUGCCAAGGGGAGAUUAUGUCGGGCUUGA